AUGCCAGGCGUCGACGUCACCUACGUUUUAUUCACCAUAGUUUUAACGUCUAGAAGUCACAAGGAGCUAGUGAUAAUUGGGUUCAUGUGCAUCGCGGAUGCGUCUCAUGCUUUGGCUACGCUAAAUUCCGGUUCCGUACGGUUGUGGCUGUCGGUUCAUGAUUUAGACGAUAUCCAAAUCCUCAAUACCGAAUGUAUACGCUACGUUUUCCCGGUCAUAUUCCUGUAUUCGUACCAGUUAAUGGGCGCCUCAACUAUGGCCGUAUCAAUCGAUAGAUGUAUCGCCGUGAUGAAACUGGGACUCUAUCGUGGGCUGACGAAUCAAUUUUCCUUUGUUACAAUAGCAGGGCUUACUGUAGCAGCCGAGUUCCUGUGCGUAGUGCUGCCGGAUGUUUUCCUGACUUUUAACCCGUUCGGGCUGGCCAGCUGGCAAGUGGUGUGGUAUAUUUGUGGGGUUAGUAAAGGAGUCGUUAAUGUCCUUCUUGUCACCUCCCGACACGAAGAAAUCGUCAAAGUUUUGCAACAAAAAUUCAGAAGUUUAACUGGGCAGGCGUCCACAGGAACAGCCGUCACCUCCAUGAACUAUCGAUCAAAGAAC